GCUAUAUGUCAUCGACGUUCGCUGUCACGCCAUCUGGAGCAACUGAAUGAAAAAAAAAAAAAAAAACCAGAACUCACCGUUAGAGGUGGAGGUGGGAGUGGUGGUGUGGAGAUCAGUGAUGAGCUUGAAAUCGAGGAAGGUUUCGGUGCUGUUGCCGUUGCUGCUGCUGAAAGUGUUGGUGGUGCUGGUGGUUGGGGCAGGGGUGGUGGCGGGACACUGAAAUUGGGUGGGAAAGGUACACGUGCCUGGAGUCCAGGUGUGGUGGUACUGCUGCUGUUGCUGCUACUGCUUUCAUGA